GCGGUGGUUCUUCUGCCAUGGCGAUCAUGGCCGUUGCCGCUCUCUUUCACGCCCGCUUCCCUCUUCUCCUCCGUCGCAGUAUCCCGUUACUGUCGGCUCCUACUUCUGUUAUUUACAAUCACAGAACUCUUCUAUCCGAUGGACUCAGUACUCGAUUAUGCUCGAUUCUCCGUUAUUCAUCGUCUGACGGCGUCAACGGCGGAAGUAGCGGUGGCGAUUUCGGUAACGAUAACGAUUCCGUUAGUGUUGUUUCGGAUGUUCAGAGUCCUAAUUACUUAAAAUUCACCGAUGAAGAAUUGAUGAAGCAAUGUAGAUUAGAGACAUUUAGAGUUUCAGGACCUGGAGGACAACACCGGAACAAGCGUGACUCCGCCGUGCGUCUGAAACAUCUCCCCACCGGAAUCGUAGCUCAAGCCGUCGAAGAUCGUUCACAGCACAAGAACCGUGCUUCUGCUCUAAACCGUCUUCGUACGCUCCUCGCCAUUAAAGUGAGAAACAAAGUGGACAUUGAAGCUUAUGCUCCUCCUCCAGAGCUUCUUCAGAUUCUACCUCCUAAGUCUACCAUUAGAACUUCUUCUGGUUCACAGAUUGGUCCCAACAAUCCUAAAUUUGUACCUGGAAUGCAAGCUUUGCUUGAUGUUAUUUCUGCUUCUGACGGUUCUAUCGCUGAUUCUGCCAAAUUGCUGGGUUUGAGCACUGGUGGCUUAUCUCGUUUGAUACUCUCCCAUGAUGGUCUUCGUAUGGCUGUCAAUAGCAUGAGAGCAGCCAAGGGAAUAAAGCCUCUCAAAUAGUUGGGAUGUAUCGGCAUUUGAAAGAUGACGUUCGGGCCUUCGACAAGUUGUAUGUGGAUUGCAGCACAGUGAUUACCAUUUUAUGCACCAUAUUUUGUAUACAAAAAAAAAGGUGAAAUGUUGAGUUCAGUUUAACAUUUGUUCUUCUAACAUCAUAAAAAUAGUCACGUAUUUGAGAUGAUAUACUAUAGGUUGUUCAAAUGGUUACUGUUGUGAUUGUUGUUGGAAGCUAAUACAGUUGGAAACAUGGUGGAUUAUAUUAAUUAUUCUUUCUGCUUUUGUUCUUGUUUUCUCUUCAUUUAAGGAAUUAAAUUUCGCUGGUAGAGUACGUGGAAGUGGCAAUCUGUCAAUAAAAUGAAGAAGAA